UGGCGCUCACCCCUCUUUCCCCAGAUGGCGGAGCGCCCCCUGCUGGCACGCGGAGUGGCCCAGGAGAUGCGCUGCGUCCUGCACUGGUUCUCGGGCUGGGCGCCCCCCCAGCGCCAGCGCUUCCUGCGGGACCUGCUGGCCAAGGCUGUGCCCGGCAAGCUGUGCCCGCUGCUGGAGGGGCUGGAGGGGCUGAGCCUCUCCGGGGCGCCUGCCCCACCCCCUUCCCUCUUCCAGUGCCAGCUGCGCCUCUGGGACCAGUGGUUCCGGGGCUGGAGCGAGCCGGAGCGCAACCACUUCCUGGCCCGGCUGGAGCAGGUCGACCCGGAUUUUGCCGCCCACUUCUACUGCCAGCUGGCGGCCACUGCAGGGCAGGAAUAGGUGGGUGGGGGCUGUCCCCCGGUUCUGUGCCAGGGACCCUCUUCCCGGUCUGCGCUGGGGGGUGAACCCCCCAUCUGCUCACCAGCCUCCAUUCUGCAGCAGUGGUUUACGUAGGACCUACUGUAAGUCGGCCUGUUGAUGUGGGACCGAGAAGUCGGCAGCUGUGGGAGAGGCACAGGGACGCCGUGGCAAAUCCCUCCCUGCCGUAUCUCAGGAUGCACGUCGCAUAGGACCUACAAUAAGUGAGUCUGUUUACGUAGGGCCUACACAUCAUUGCAUCAGCCAGCUGCCCCCUGGCGACCCGCUCCAUUCCAGCCUCCCUGCCAGUCACCACGGUGGCAUCUGUUGACAUAGGCCCUACAACGCUUUGUGCACCCCACCUGCAGCCUGAGCUACACCACUGACCGUUUCUUCAUGGGGACUUGUUUACGUAGGACCUACAGGCCUGUCCUGAGUGCCUGGAGCAGCCAGCGGAGGCCCGGGGAGGGGGGUCACCAAGUUGUUUAUAAACAGUGAAUGGGUCCAAAAGCA